UUUAGACUUUACGGUGGUUCGGAAACUCGUACCUGGCGCUAUAGUUGUCGAAAGGUAACAGUAACCUGUUGCUUUUUUUUUGGUAAUAGUGGAAAGUGUAGUGAAGACAAGUCAACAUAGCUGAUAUUAAGCUGAAAUGCUGUCCAGCCAGUGCUAAAAAUAUUACGUUUACCAAAAUAGUAUAAACACUUAAGAGGACUCCCAUCGGAUCUCCGAAUGUUUAAUCUUGGAGCCAUGGAUGGGAAAACCGAUGAACUGGCCCAGAGAGCUGGGAAAAAUGAGGAGAACGAGGAUGACGAGAAGCUGAAUGAGUUAUCCUUCUGUUUUGUUCGGGGUUCCGAUCCCAGAGCGGCAACAUGUCGUAGCAAACUGCAAAACAGGCGGUGCAAGUUGAACAAAGAGAUUAACAAGGAACUCCGCUUAAGAGCUGGUGCUGAGAAUCUAUAUAAGGCCACAUCCAACCGAAAGUUACGAGACACAGUUGCCUUGGAACUGAGCUUUGUCAAUUCAAAUUUGCAAUUGCUGAAGGAGCAGCUGGCUGAGUUGAAUUCCUCGGUGGAAAUCUAUCAGAGUGAAAGUCACAAUGGCAUUAUGCCCAUGAUACCACUGGGCUUGAAGGAAACCAAGGAGAUUAACUUUAUGGAACCGUUUUCCGACUUCAUUUUGGAACACUACAGCGAAGAGCCCUCGAUGUACAUAGAUGCCAUAGCGGAUAUGACAGAUACGAGACAGGCCUCCAAAACGCCAUCACGUGACGCCCUCGGGGUGGCGCUACUUUUCCGCUACUACAACACACUGUACUACGUGGAGCGUCGCUUCUUUCCGCCCGAUCGCAAUUUGGGUGUCUACUUCGAGUGGUACGACUCCCUGACGGGCGUUCCCUCGUGCCAGCGCACCAUUGCCUUCGAGAAGGCCUGCACCCUGUUCAAUCUGGGGGGGAUAUACACCCAGAUCGGGGCCCGGCAUGAUCGCACCACCGAAAGGGGUCUCGAUUUGGCCGUGGAUAGCUUUCUCCGGGCAGCAGGGAUCUUCCGUCACAUCUACGAUACAUUCACGAAUGCCCCUUCGAUGGAUCUGAAGCCGCAGGUCCUCGAUGUCCUUGUCUCGCUGAUGCUCUCCCAGGCACGCGAGUGUCUCUUCGAGAAGUUGCAGCUGCAGAUCGAGGCGAUAGGUCUCUCCGAAUUCAGUUGCUCCGAUUCGCAGUCGUUUCGGGAUUUGGCCGGAGAGGCUGCCCAGAUAUCGCACGAGUACAAUGAGAUGCACAAGAAUAUCCAGGCGAACGAUACGCACACAUAUCUGCCGGAAUGUUGGGCUGGUCUGGUGCCAGUCAAGGCGGAACUCUACAAAGCUUUUGCCCAUUUCUACAAGGCACGCAGCAUAGAUGCGACGGACGAGAUCAAGGUGUCCAGGAACCAGGACAAAUUAUCCACGGAAUCCUUUAUCGGCAACUCCCAGGAGGUGGAGUCCAAUUUUGGCACCAGCGAGGAGGCCGCCACUUCCAACGCCAACAAGCUGGCUCAUCUGAAGGAGGCACUGGCCAGCAUCGAGGAGGCCCAGCGAUUGCAGCGAAUGUGUCGGUACCUAAAGAACAAGUCAUCGCUCACUGAGGUCAUGAAGGAGGUGCAUUCCAAGUCGCAGGAGGAGUUGGAUAGGUUCAGACUUCAGGCUUCGGCGAAUAAUAUCGAAGAGGGCGACCUUCUGGAGCGAGUCGUUGAAGCUUCCUCAAAGUUCACGUUAUCCCUGACGGGACCCGAUUUCACCUCGCACAAGGUGAAGGAUCCCUUCAAGCGCCUCGGGCCCAUUGCAAUCUUCUCGGCGCGACGCCACUGGACUGCGCCGCGAUGUGUGCGCCUGCAGAAGGGUUCAUCCUCGUACCACAACGUGCCCGCCAAUAACAGAUGUCCGCUGGACAACGACGACGAGGAGCACGACGGCGGCUUCAAUCUGUACAAGGAGGAGUUCGAGAACUUUGGCUUCCAUGUGCGCGGCGAUGCGCCGGUCAUAAUUGCCCACGUUGAGAUCAAUUCGCUGGCAGACCUGGGCGGCAUCAAGGAGGGGGACUUCAUAGUCGAGAUAGCUGGCAUGGAUGUCAAGUGGUAUUCGCAUCAGCAGGUCGUCCAGCUCAUCCAGUCGUGCGGCUCCGCACUCGAGCUGCGGGUCAUAACGCCCAUGGAUCGCAACUAUCUGAAGCCUCUGUCGUCGAAGGGCUCGCUGUCCACGCUCUCGGCGGCCAGCUCAUCGGGCAUCUCCUCCGGCUUUCCCAGUCCCACGAGCAUUGCGGCCAAGCCCAAGCUUCAUCUGAAAACGUCGUCCAGUUCGCGAGCCGCCGGCAGCGUUUCGUCCAGUUCGUGGAAUCCCUUUCGGCGAACUCCGAGCUUAGCUAAAAUAUUUUAGGUAGCGACCAGUUUUACUUUGUGUUUUCUUGGCCAUUUCAGUUUAGAGCUAAUGUUAGGCAAUAAACUUAAUUAUUUUUUACAAACUUAAUCAUGCAUCACGUUCGUUAAAUUAUAAACUUAUUUA